UCUCUGCGUUCAUCUGAUAAGCAAGGCAUGAAAAUGGUGUGGAGACUGCUGGUCUACAUGUUCUUUAUUUCUUUCACUUCUGAUCAAUUUAUUAGAGCCCAGGAUUACACAGAUUAUGUUCCGCCCGCUCCGCCCCCGGAAGAAGAAAACUGUGAUGGGAUUUUCGUGUCGUACACCUUCAUAUCCAGGCAGAAGGAGUUCCCCCAUGUCAAGAAUGCAUCGGCGCAGGCCUGGGCCUUUAAGGCCAUGGCGACCGUGCUCAAUGCAGGCACCUUUGAGCUCAAGGCAUGGAAGAUAUUCAUUGGGUUUCAGCACGAUGAGAUUCUAGUUUCAGCAGGUGGAGCGGUUGUAAUGAAUGGGGAUGAUAUGCCUGCAGCGGUUGGGAAUGGGACUUACCUCUCAGGCUUCCCUCAGACUGAUUUGAAAACGUCCAUUGAAACUGCUGGGGAUCUUACCCAAAUAGAGGUCCAAAUUCCGAUCACCGGGACUCAGUUUGGGGUGAAGCCACCAGGGGUUCCAAUGCCUAGAACCAUUAGUCUUGCAAAUGACGGAUACAAGUGCCCGAAACCGACUGUAAAGAAGACCGCAAUGCAUGUAUGCUGCACUAGAAAGCCGAAGUUUAAGGUCAAAACCGAAUCGACAAAGUUCUUGCCACGACAAUAUGGGGAUCUGUCCUUUGUCUAUGAUAUUAUCCAAGCAUAUGAUGGGAAUUAUCUGGCUCAAGUAACCAUAGAAAACAAUCACCCUUUGGGGCGUCUAGAUCAUUGGAAUUUGACUUGGGAGUGGAUGAGAGGGGAGUUCAUAAACACAAUGAGAGGAGCUUACACUCAUAAGAUAGACUCCACUGACUGCAUUUAUGGAGCUGCUGGGCAAUACUACAAAGGCCUUGAUUUUUCCCAAGUCAUGAACUGCGAAAAGAACCCCAUCAUUGGAGACCUGCCUUCUGAAAAGGCCAAAGAUGAUAAAGUGGGAUUUAUACCACACUGUUGUAGAAAUGGCAGUCUCCUCCCAACCAUAAUGGAUCAAACUAAAUCAAAGGCAGCCUUUCAACUGCAGGUGUACAAGAUUCCACCAGAUAUGAAUAGAACAGUUCUGUUUCCUCCCCAGAAGUGGAAAAUCGUUGGGGUGCUCAAUCCAGACUACAAGUGUGGGCCGCCAAUAAGAGUGGACCCGACCGAGUUUCCAGACGCGAGCGGGCUGCUGCAGGUCACUAGCAGCGCCAUUGCAAGCUGGCAGGUGACCUGCAACAUCACCAGGCCUAAGAAGAGGAAUUCAAGAUGCUGUGUCUCCUACUCGGCCUACUAUAAUGAUUCAGUGAUACCUUGUAAUACAUGUGCUUGUGGUUGUGAUGACACAGAAACUUGCAAUCCAAACAUCCCAUCAAUGCUUCUCCCUUCUGAAGCUCUUUUGGUUCCUUUUGAAAACAGAACUGCAAAGGCCAAGGCUUGGGCCAAAUUAAAGCAUCUUAACGUCCCCAGCCCAUUGCCUUGCGGUGACAAUUGUGGGGUUAGCAUAAAUUGGCACAUAAAUUCAGACUACAAGACUGGAUGGACAGCCCGGAUCACGCUGUUCAAUUGGGAAGAAAUCAUUUUUGAGGAUUGGUUUGUUGCAGUCGAAAUGAAAAAGGCCUUCCUGGGUUAUGAAAAUAUUUACUCCUUCAAUGGAACAGUACUCAAGGAUAUCAAUAAUACUCUCUUCUUCCAAGGAUUACCGGGUUUAAACUACUUGAUGGGCGAGGUGAAUGGAUCAGAUCCGAAAAGUGAUCCCAAGGUACCUGGUAAGCAGCAAUCCGUGAUUUCCUUUAAGAAGAAGCUUACACCUGGUAUCAAGAUAGUACAAGGAGAUGGCUUUCCUUCAAAGCUGUAUUUCAAUGGGGAAGAGUGUUCACUUCCUACAGAAUUUCCCAUAGGCGAUGGAAACAGAUAUCGUGUAAAUCUUGUGCCUGUAAUUCUCCUCACACUUGUGACUUCUAUGCUGAUGACAAAUCAUUUGCACUGA